AUGUAUGGAGACGAGGUCCGCUUGACAUGGUCUUUUUUUGAUCAGCCUGGUGGAUUCCGGGACUAUCUUGGCGAUAUCUACGGCCGGCGCAACCAUCACAGACCCGCCGAGGGAACGCAUGAUAAACUCUGCUGCAAGGUGCCGUUUCCACGGUUCGAGGGCAUGGACAAGGACUGCGUUGGUCUUGUCAUGAGUACAGUGCUCACUGCAGACCCCAUCAUCGAAAGUCUCCCUGUUCGACCGCUCGCUGGUGAGCAGCCCAGUAUGAAGCGGAGCUACCAGAUGCAGGAUUUGAGGUUUCGAAUAGAUCCGGUCAGUAACAAGGGCCGCGGAGAUGCGGAUGACUACAUGAACAUGGUUACGGAUGGAAGCUCCCAGCAUAUCACGAUGCAACUGGGCUGGGAAAAGUAUAAGAUUUCGAGCGACAUGCGCAUGGCUUUGGAAUCAGGGGGCCCUGAAGCAGUUAUUGCUCGCAAUGCACUAGGACCGCUUGGCUAUGCUGCAGGUGGCGUUUCUGGCCUGAUUAAGAGAGUUUUAGAUGUAUAG